AUGAGAAACACUUAUGAAAUUCGAAAUUAUUUUCAUCCUAAUAUCGAAAACACCAAACUUAAAUAUGAUAUUUGCAAUGCUUCUUAUAAGAUUAAAGUAAUAGUGACUAAUUUGAAAAAUCAUUUCACUAAAUAUCAUAAACCUAAAUAUCUACAAAUUGUAGAAAAACAAAAAGAAAGAUUUGAAAACAUUAAAAGGAUUAACCAUGUUCAACGUAAAGAAAACUCAAAUUUUCUUACUAUUCAAAAUAAUAUUCAAGAGAUUCAAUCUUAUAAUAGCAAUAAAUAUCAUGCAACUGUUCAAGACAAAGUUAAUGAUAAUUAUACUACUGAACAUGAAGAUGAAGAAAUUAUCAAAACUGGACAAGCUUUAAUUUCAUCUUAUCUUUUUCAAUUUGGAAGAACAUUUGACCAAAUUUUAUUACACAUAUACAAAAAAGAUGAACCAAUAAAAAUUCAAGAUAUCGAAAAAAAUGGAUACUCCUUAACUUUUGUUUUUCAAGAAGGUGGUAAAUACAGUCAACAAGAUGAUUACAUGAUUAAUUUUAGUCCUUUAUGUUCAGACUUUAAACUUUUUCAUAAUGAUAAACUUCUUUAUCAGCAACAUAAUAUUAAUACAUAUUUCAUGAAUAUUAUGAAAUCGAAAAAAGAACCUUCUAAAAAAAUUGAACAUCCUGAUUAG